AUGUCAUCGCAGGAGUUGGAGCUAGAAAAGGGGCCGCCUGGUUCGUUCAAAGAAGAAAUCUCCAGGCGGUUUAAAGCCAAACAGGAUCAGCUGGUUCUGAUCUUUGCGGGGAAGAUCCUGAAGGAUGGAGACACAUUGAGCCAACACGGGAUCAAAGAUGGACUGACUGUGCACUUGGUGAUUAAGACCCCACAGAAGGUUCCAGAUCCUUCAGCUGCUGCUGCCUCUGCUACUUCUGCUGCUGCCUCCACCCCUGCUGCAACCCCUGCCUCUCCCGCUGCCCCAUCUCAGCCUUCCACGUCCAGCAGUGCUGGCUCUGAUGGGGGAGGCGGCAGCCGGCGGAGCAGCGGGUCAGGGACCACGGUGGGUGCUGGAGAUGGAGCGCCCAGCAACCCUGCAUCCAUCCUCUCGGGUUUUGGAGGCAUCACCGGCCUCGGCAACCUCGGGAUGGGCUCCGCCAACUUCAUGGAGCUCCAGCAGCAGAUGCAACGGCAGCUGAUGUCUAACCCGGAGAUGCUAUCCCAGAUCAUGGAGAACCCUCUGGUGCAGAACAUGAUGUCUAAUCCCGACCUGAUGAGGCAGAUGAUCAUGGCCAAUCCCCAGAUGCAGCAGCUCAUGGAGCGGAACCCUGAGAUCAGCCACAUGCUGAACAACCCAGAGCUGAUGAGGCAGACGAUGGAGCUGGCUCGCAACCCCGCCAUGAUGCAGGAGAUGAUGCGGAACCAGGACCGAGCCCUGAGCAACCUUGAGAGCAUUCCAGGAGGGUACAAUGCCCUGCGCCGGAUGUACACGGACAUCCAGGAGCCCAUGUUCAGUGCAGCAAGGGAGCAGUUUGGCAACAAUCCUUUCUCCUCCUUGGCUGGAAACUCUGAGAGCUCGAGCUCCCAGCCUUUACGGACGGAAAACAGAGAGCCUUUACCCAACCCCUGGAGCCCCACGCCACCUGCCUCACAAGCCCAGGUGCCCAGCAGUGAAGGGAGCGCUGGCUCUACGACCACCCAAAGUACACCGACUGUAUCCAACCCCUUUGGGAUCAACGCCGCUAACCUGGGCACUGGUACGUAUCCUGGAAAGGAAACGGGUGCAGUUGGUUUGGCACCAGCCUCCCAGCUCCAGGUGGCUCCGAGUUGCGUCCAGCAUCCCUGUGUUUGCUGUAGUCACUGAGUCUUUCAGAUGAGC